AUGCGGUCGGGGCUUCGGAAACCCGGCGCGAUUCCGUUCAUUGCGCUCAUUCUCUUUUCGAUUCUUAGCUUGGUGCCGUCGCUGGCUAAGGAAUGGGACUUUUACAACCUGCAAAUCGGUUAUCGUGGUCUGAGCCGCAAUGAAGUUCGCCACCUUUCUCCUAUGAAAGACGGCUCUAUCGAUGUUCGACCGAGGACUCGCUCAACCGGGCCGCAGUGCAAAUCAUGGCCUGAUUGCAAAAUGCGUCCGCGACGGGCAUCGUCGGUCGCCUCGCCUGUGAGCGCAGUUGAAAGGGUCACUAUCAUCGAUAGUGAUCCUAUCCCACUGGCCGUCACAAAGCCGUCGAGCCUUGCAAGAGGCGUGCGCGCUUUUAAAACGUUCCUUAUCAAAAAUUGGGACGAGUAUCAGAUUCCACAACCGGUGUCUACGAAGAGUGCGCCUACAGAAGCUUCUCGCUCGCUCCCGCCUUUGGCCAAUUCGUCUCUAAUCCCAGGUACCCACGCCAGCGAGGAGCAAUCACCAAUCACCAACCAAUCAACGCCAGCUCCGAACCGUCUUCUUGACCAGUACCGGAUACGAUUUGCCUCGGGUUAUCACGAUGCCUGGCAGCAGGCCUGCCGCGUCACUGCUGGGUUCCUCGAGAACCUCCUCGCUUCAACUGGGGCAAUAUCAUCACAUUCGAAUAUCUCGAUCCCCGUCUCUCAAUCUCGUGCCACUCCGCCGCUUUUCAUGGAGCUAGAAGACGGAGUUCGUCCGUUGAUGGGGGCGAUUCUGCAAAUCACAUCCGCAGACGUGCCUAGCGAAUCCACAAAUCUAUUGAAUGAGACGACGGCUGCGGGACAGCCGGACGUCGCCCGGGUAGAUCCCGAGCCCAAGAAAAUGCGCGGCAGCUGUAUGGCUAUCGUAAUAGGCUUGGUUGCCGGUGUGAUGUGGUUCUGA